AUGGAUAGUUAUCAGUGUUCAAAAUGCGAAAAAGUAUUCAAUUACCUUUCUUCUUUACAGAACUACAGGAAAACUCAUAGUAAAAUUGAUAAGGUUUUGCAAAAAAUUAUUAUGAAAGAACAGGAAAAGGCAAUUGCUGCUAUUACUACUGAACAACUAAACGAAUUAUCAGAAGUAAGCAACAUCAAAAUACCAGAGACGAAUGAAAUAGAAAUGAGUGAUAUUGAACUGCUAGACAAAGAACCAUUAAGCGACAAAGGAGAGGAAAAAGAGGAGGAAGAGCUCAUGGUUAAAGAGGCUGAAGAGGUUGAAGAGGUUGAAUAG